AUGGCGGCACCAAUCAUCCGCCGCGCACUCUUAUACGUGCCGGGCUCGUCCCAGAAGAUGCUCGACAAGUCGCGCGGCAUAGCUAGUCUUGACACUGUCGCCUACGACCUUGAAGACUCGGUGACGCCUGGCAAGAAAGCCGAGGCCCGCGCCAACCUCCGCCAGCUGCUUGAACAGCCCCGUGUGCCGGGAAUCCGCGAGCAAGCCGUGCGCAUCAACUCUGUCGACAGCGGUUAUGCUUUGGAUGAUUUGACCGAAGUGCUCAAAGCCCCCAACCUCGACGCCCUAGUCAUCCCCAAAGUCAACUCCGCCUCCGACCUCCACUUCGUCACCGACGUGAUCCGCCACACGCUCCCACAACGCCACCCCUCCACCCCUCCCGCCCAACCACAACCCCACCAACCCCAACCGCUCCGCCUCAUCGCCCUCAUCGAAUCCGCCAAAGCCCUCAUGGACCUCCCCUCCAUCUGCCGCUCGACCCCCUACCUCUCGGGCCUCAUCUUCGCCGCCGAAGACUUCGCCCUCGACCUCUCCCUCACCCGCACGCCCUCCCUCCGCGAGUUCCUCUACGCCCGCUCCGCCAUCGUCACCGCCGCCCGCGCCCACGCCCUCCCCUCCGCCAUCGACCUCGUCUGCACCUCGUUCCGCGGCGACGCCGGCCGCCAGGCCCUGCGCGACGAGUGCGCCGACGGCAAGGCCCUCGGCUUCACCGGCAAGCAGCUCAUCCACCCGGGCCAGGUCGACGUCGCCCACGCCGCCUUCGCCCCCGCCCCGGCCGAGGCCGAGUGGGCGGUGCGCGUCGUCGUCGCCGACGAAAAGGCCGACGCCGCCGGCCGCGGCGCGUGGACGCUCGACGGCAAGAUGGUCGACAAGCCCGUCGUGGGCAAGGCGGCGGCGGUUGUGCGCAUGGCGGAGCUGUGCGGGACCGAUGUCGCCGCGUUGAGGGAGAAGUGGAAGGGCCAGGAGCCCGAGUAG